AGGGGAGGGACUGAACCCUGCAGGAAGCUUGAAGGCAGAGACUUAUUUCAAUGAAGUCACUGGUGUCUGUUGACUGCUUUUAUCCCUCUGUCCUGGUGAGUGAAAUCUGCUUCUGUCUUGCAAAGCUAGCUGAGGAUCUAAUACCAAAACACCAGCAGCAGCCACAUGGUGCACUGCAGGGGGAUGGACGUUGUUUAGAAGAUGGUUUUAAGAUAAGGUGCAAACAGAUUUUUCUGAUUUUGACAAUGUUGCUCAGACUUCUGUCAAGUGCAAAUAGGUUUCCUGCUCUGGACUGGAAAUACUGGCGUUAAGAAAAGUUGUUUCACUCGUCUUGAACUGCGCUUGAAGGACAUAACAAUGAAUAAUCAAUCGAUGACAGGGAGGACCAUGGUCCCGACCAUACCAUCUAUUAUGUUCAUUUUCGGGGUGGUUGGGAAUGUCAUCGCUAUCGUGGUUCUUUGUAAAUCUCGCAAAGAACAGAAAGAAACUACGUUUUACACGCUGGUGUGUGGACUGGCAGUCACGGACCUCCUGGGCACACUGCUGGCCAGUCCGGUCACCAUUGCCACUUAUGUGAAAGGAUCGUGGCCCGGAGAGGACCCGCUGUGCCAGUACUUUGGAUUCACCAUGCUUUUCUUCUCUCUGUCGGGGCUCAGUAUCAUCUGUGCCAUGUCGGUGGAGAGAUACAUCGCUAUAAACCAUGCCUACUUCUACAAUGACAAUGUGAACCAAAAACUGGCGGGUUUGACUCUCUUGGCGAUCUACAUCUCCAACGCGCUUUUCUGCGCCCUGCCGAUUAUCGGCUUUGGACAGGUGAAGAAACAAUACCCGCAAACUUGGUGUUUUUUAGAGUGGAGGAGCAACAAGACCAGCGAUGCCGUCUACUCAUAUAUGUAUGCGGGUUUCAGCUCUCUUCUUAUUCUCGCCACUGUUAUCUGUAACGUGCUGGUGUGCGCGGCUUUGAUCCGGAUGCACCGGCGAUUUGUGCGCAGGAUGUCGCUGGGAACCGAUGUGGGGCGCAAUGUGGACCCGCGAAGGAGAGGACGCAGCUUUGGGCGUCUGGCUGGUGCAGAGAUUCAGAUGGUCAUCUUGCUCAUAGGCACAUCGGUAGUGGUGCUUAUCUGCUCCAUCCCACUUGUUGCUCAGGUGUUUUUGAACCAGUUGUAUAAGACUCCAGUGGAACUGCGUUUGGACAAAAACCCUGAUUUACGAGCGAUACGCUUCGCCUCCUUUAACCCUAUUCUUGACCCCUGGAUCUACAUUCUGCUCCGCAAGGCUGUUCUUCUCGAGCUCAUUGAGAAAAUCAAGUGCUUAUUUUGCAAGAUAGGAGCACGGAGGCAACAGAGACAGGGAAAUUUCCACUGUAUAGAUGCUCAUCAACUCUCCUCGGUCAUCUCCAACCGGGACUCCCAGACCUUUCUCUACCUACCAGAGGGAAAGGGGGUGUAUACUGGAAGCUGUCAUAAAGCAGACAGACUCUCUGGUUCACGAGCUUCAUCGGUCAGAAACUCGCAAGCUUCUUAUUUGUAUGAGCAGGGCAGCGUUGAGGCUCAGAGUAGAGAAGGGGCAAAUGUAAUCAGGGACCUUUCAGCCCUGCCAUGCCCAAAAGACCCAGAACUUCAGGUAUGGUUGAGCACUGAGAUGGUGGAGGAGAAAUGCAUCUGACUCAGUUCGCUCUGAGAUAGAUUGUCUACUGUCUUCUCCAAAAGUGAACUUUUACACCUCUGAAAAAUGGGGGAAGGCACAUAAAAAUAAUAAAUUACUCUUCUUGUGAAUUCGGGCACAUGAAGCAAGAAAGAGAAACUUGAAGUGUUGUGAGCUUUAUUGUCCUGCGUUCUCUGUUUCAGCACCCAGCUACCUCAAGUGAUGACUAUCUCUGACUGUGUGAGCAGAGUUUGUCAUUUUGCCCAAAACAGAUGUUGUUCUAACAGAGAUGACCCACUUCUUCAUGACUCAAGUGUCAGUGAUGGAAACACUAUCCCUCCUAAUUUCAGCUACUUUGUUCAGUCAUUGUGGAAACCGUUACUGUAAAGUAGAUGAGGCCAGUAGUUUAGAAUAAUUGAAUCACAAGCUUGUGGUCAAUAUGAUAAAUGAAAACAGUAUUGAAUGUGAUCCUUAUGAGUAAUCACUGGCAUGUGUGCUGCCAUUGUAAGGAUUGGUUUGUUUAACAAACUCUAUUGUAUAGUGCUUUUUGAAGGACAUGUGUUAGUUCCACGACCAAUGUACAGUGCAGUAUUAAUAUGUGGUGACCACCGAUGUUUUUGUUCCUCAGCCCUGGAAUACACAAAAAUAUGUCAUCUCAAAUUAUAAAAAGAUUGUUUUCCAUCUUACAAUGAGGGUACAAAGAUUCCUGUGCCAUAGUUAUUAACACUAAAUUAUUUAAAUCUGACUGGGAAUGUUGAACCUUUUUCUCACAGCCACAGAAAAUGUGGUGUAAACCUGUUGACAGAUGUAGCUUAAUGUGGAGUAUUAAGAUGAAGAUUUUUGAAAACACCUGUCAGCUUGAGAAAAAUGUUUUUUUCUAAAUGAUCAAUGUUGUGUAAAAUAUUGUUUGUAAUAAAAUUAUUUUUCUCUAGGAGAAGGUUCUAGUUAAUAAAUCACAACUCUAAAGGGAUAAUCCACCCUAAAUAUGUAUUUGUGCGCAUUUAUUAAAUUGUAUGAGUUAUGUAGUUUCAUCAGUAUUCAUGUAUCGCUAUUUUCCAGCACUAACAUCCAGAAAAUCAGGUCUCAAAUCAAUAGAGAGCUUAUUUACAAAAUGUUUUGUAUCACUUAAGGCUUGCAAAUAACAAUUAUUCUGCUGAUUAUUCUGACUUAAACGAUUCAUUGUUUAGUCAAAAUGUCCGAAAAUUGUGAAAAAUACCCAUCACAAUUUCUCAAAACCCAAGGUGAUAUCUUCAGAUUGCUUGUUUUGUCAAACCAGCAGUCCAAAACCCCAAAUAUAUUCAGUGUACAAUGAUAUAAACCGAGAAACUCUGAAAUAAAUCUAAUUUCUGAAGCUGGUACCAGCCAGUGUUUGGCAUUUUUGAUUGAAAGUGGUACAAAAAAUGAAUCCUUUAUCAAAAUAGCUGCUGGGGAUUAGUCAUUUGUCUAAUUGUUUCAGCUCUACUGUCAGCUAUACACAAUUACACAAAAAACUGAGGUUACUUAAUUAUACAUCCCUAAAUUUAAAGUUUGUAAAAGUGCUAUUUUUUUAAACAAGGAUUAAUAUUAUCCUGAGAUCAGUUUUUGUGAUACUUUUCUUUGCCGCAUUUUUUUCCAAUGGCAGAAAUCCUCUUUUUAAUGCCUUAUAAUGUUAGUCAAUUGACACCUUCAGCUGCUGUCUUACCAGUCUAUAUAAUAGACUGAACUUUUGAACUCCUGUUUGUUCGAGCUUUUCCACUCAAAUGAGCUUUAUGUUUUAGUUUCAGCAGCUUUGAGGCACAUAGUCUAACUCCUUGUCCCUGUUAUUAAAUCAGCUCCAGAUUUUUACUUAAUGUCACGGAUUACAUUCUUGCCUUUCUCGUUUCUCUAGUUGCUGUUAAUUUUAGACAAGCUUGUUCAUGUGCAUUAAUGCUGAGAAUCAGGCCCCUCAAGAUUGUACAGUGUAAUGAUAUUUAGUUAAAGGUAGAGUUUCACAUACAAGUGGCCUAUUUAACAAGGUCUUUUAAUUAAUUUUUUAAUCCGGUCUUUAAAUUAUGCACUUUACUUUGUAUUUUGUUUAAAAUAUAAUGUAGAAUUAAUGUGGACAUUUACUUCAGCAUUGCUUUUUUUAUUUGCUGUUAUAUCACUUCCUAUCUGUAAACAUGACUUGGUGUGUGCCAAAACUGAGCAGUAAUAACUGAGAACUUCUCUGUGUUCAGGAUAAUGAAGUGUACGCUUUAUAAUGCAGCUGUAAAUUAACAGCCACGCUAUUGUUUCACAGCAAACAUGACCUUUGACAUGUCUUCAUAUGUUGUCAACAUAAAGCGGAAGUUAAUAAUAUGAGCACCAA